AUGAUUCUUGAUUUCCGUCAGAAUGGACCUGAACAGCUCAAAGCUUUGUUAACGGUGAAACUGUAGACGCAGUCGGUCAGAACAAACACCGCGGUACCAUCCUGGACGAGGUUAUUUAAUCUGAGGAGAUGAAGGUGUUCUAACGAAUGUUUUACUCUUCGUCUUUCAGCGAGUCCACUAUCGCAGUAUCGCUGCUGACAUGAGUCUGAACGAUCUGGACUCUGUUUUUAAAUCCAGGGUCACUCAGAGGUCAAAGGUCAUUCUGACAAACCCCCCCCCCCCCCCCUCUAUCCUUCAGCUCCUCCCGUCAAAGAGAAGGUCACUUUUACUCACAAAUCCAAAUCAAACAGGAACCUCAGAUCCUCCGUCCAGCAGCCGUUGGUUUUUAAAAUGUCGGUGAGAUCGAUGAAGUCGUGCUGACUCGGCGUUUUCACAUGGAUUUAUUUCCAUUAUUUCUGCCGUGAGUUUUCUCUCUCUGUGAUGAGAGGAUUCUGUGUUUUUAUCUUCUGUUUCAAACCUAAUUGCUCUGAGGGAACUUUAACGAACUUCAAAUCAAACUUAAAGGGACAUUUCACUAUUUUAAGUGGAUUUUUAAGACUUAAGUGGAUUUUCAGUCCCAGUGGACGUCUGUCAGCUGACCCUGCAGACAGAACCUGAACACAGGCUGGACUACAGUCUCUGCAGACGGGGCGACUCGGACCCCAGAACUCUCUCCGUUUACGUGGACGCUCUCACAGCUCUCUGAAAGAGCAGCUGCAGGUAUAAAACGUUGAACUGCUCCUUUAAGUCGGUCGAUGAUUUCAGGUUCACACCUCAGAGACUGACGGAGCGUCAUUUCUCCACAUGUUGGAUGAUGGUUAUUUUCUGUCUUGGCGCUCAGACUCAUGACGGCGUCACGUUCCUGGUUCACGUUUACGUCUCUCUGAUCUCUCUGAUCUCGCCGCCGUCUCUCCAGGAAGAGGAAACAGACGUAAACCGGCGUCCUGGGGUCCCCCCCUCAGAGAGUUUUUACUCACUUCUGCGGCCGCUCAGUCAUCACGCUGUUUUUAUGGCGUUACAGUCAGAGCCAGGAGGAUUCUGGGAAAGCAGAUGAACGUUCAGCGGCGAGUUAAUUUAGUUUAAUUGUUUUUGGUGGAGUCAGAGUGAGAAGAGAGAUCAGACACGUCUGUGAACGGCUGAAUCACAAACACUGAGAGGGAGGAGGAGGAGAGGAGGGAAGGGAGGAGAGGAGAGGAAGGAGGGGAAGGAGGAGAGGAGGGGAGAGGAGGGGAGGACAGAGGAGAGGAAGGAGAGGAGAGGAGGGGAGGACAGAGGAGAGGAGAGGAAGGAGAGGAGGGGAGAGGAAGGAAGGAGAGGAAGGAGAGGAGGGGAGAGGAAGGAGAGGAAGGAAGGAGAGGAGAGGAAGGAGAGGAGAGGAAGGAGGGGAGGAAGGAGAGGAGAGGAAGGAGGAGAGGAAGGAGGAGAGGAGAGGAGAGGAGAGGAAGGAAGGGAGGAAGGAGGAGGAGAGGAAGGAGGAGAGGAGAGGGGAGGAAGGAGGAGAGGAAGGAGAGGAGGGGAAGGAGAGGAAGGAAGGAGAGAGGAAGGAGAGGAAGGAGAGGAAGGAGAGGAGGGGAGAGGAGGGGAGGACAGAGGAGAGGAAGGAAGGAGGAGGAGAGGAAGGAGGAGAGAGGAGGAGAGGAGAGGAGAGGAAGGAGGAGAGGAAGGAGAGAGGAGGAGAGGAGAGGAAGGAGGAGAGGAGGACAGAGGAGAGGAAGGAGAGGAGAGGAAGGAGAGGAGAGGAAGGGUAGGAGAGGAGAGGAGAGGAAGGAGAGGAGAGGAAGGAGAGGAGGAGGACAGAGGAGAGGAAGGAGAGGAGAGGAAGGAAGGAGGAGAGGAGAGGAAGGAGAGGAGAGGAAGGAGGAGAGGAAGGAGAGGAGAGGAGAGGAAGAGAGAGGAAGGAGAGGAGAGGAAGGAAGGACAGAGGAGGGGAGGAAGGAGAGGAGAGGAGGAGAGGAGAGGAGAGGAAGGAGAGGAAGGAGGAGAGGAAGGAGGAGAGAGGAGAGGAAGGAGGAGAGGAAGGAGAGGAGAGGAGAGGAAGGAGGAGAGGAAGGAGAGGAAGGAGGAGAGAGGAGGGGAGGAAGGAGGAGAGGAAGGAAGGAGGGGAAGGAGAGGAGAGGAAGGAGGAGAGGAGAGGAAGAGAGAGGAAGGAGAGGAGAGGAAGGAAGGAGAGAGGAGGGGAGGAAGGAGAGGAAGGAGGAGAGGAGAGGAGAGGAAGGAGGAGAGGAAGGAGAGGAGAGGAAGGAGGAGAGGAAGGAGGAGAGGAGAGGAGAGGAAGGGAGGAAGGAGAGGAAGGAGAGGAGAGGAGAGGACAGACUGUACUGGUGAUACUGGGACUGUCCCAGUACAGACAGUCAGUCCGUUUCCAUGACACCCUAAAACUGAAUUAUCGCCUUAUUCCGAUUAAGACCGGACAACUGAAGGUCAUGUAAACACCUUAGUCCGACUGUAAUCAGAGUUUAAGAACUCCCAGAUAAUGAGAUUGGAAUCCGAUUUUCUCUCCCAUGUAACCAGCGUAGUCGCAGUAUGACGCCACGCCCCCGUAACCCCGUAACAAACCCCCAGAGUAGAGGAGUAGCGUUGGUCUCAUCUUUAGAAAAAGUAGCGCGUCCAUCAUGUCGGACAAAAACAACGCUGUACGAUGCUCCAUCUUCCGGCUCCAGGUUUUUCUCUAAGUGCUGACUCCGCCCACUCUGACAGAGACUGACUCCGCCCACUCUGACAGAGACUGACACCGCCCACUCUGACAGAGACUCUUCACUCACCCGAGCGUUUGUUUUGAUUUUGUUGACAUCAGCUGAUCGCUCUUAAAGCCGCAGGAACCCUCGGUUAACUUUGGCAGCAGAACAAGUUUUAAAGUUUUAAAGAAGAACAAAAAUCCAGAAACUCUGAGACCUGGAUCCUGAAAUCCUGGAUCACAGUCUGGUAAAGCUCCCAGGUCUUUAAAGGUCUUUGGAGGUCUUUGAAAGUCUUUGAAGGUCUGAUCAGUGAACCUUGGAGUGUUUGUGAUCAGAGCUCUGAGACCUUAUAUAAGACCGUCUGCUGGAUCAGAGAGUGUUUGGGAAACCUGCUGUUUAUCUGUGUGUGUGUGUGUGUGUGUGUGUGUGUGUGUGUGUGUGUGUGUGUGUGUGUGUGUGUGUGUGUGUGUGUGUUCCUGUCUGCCUCACUGUUGUGUCUCUCUUCAGGGUUUUUCCCGUCUCUCUGACUCACCGUCUCUCUGUCCCUUUGCAGCUCCUGAACUCGAUCCUGACUCAUCAGAAAACGUCUCAGAAUGAAGUUUAUUCUCAGAAACAUGAAGAUGAAAAAAGAGACGAAGACGAAGACGAAGACGAAGAUGAAGACGAAGAUGAAGACGAAGAUGAAGGUGAAGAUGUUUUUCUCACUGUCGAUCAGAAAAGAGUCGCUGACUGAUUUCUGUAGGACGGCCUCCUCUGCAUCCAAACAUCUGCACAUGUGAGACACUGUUGACGAACAUGAUCUCUGAAACAUUCGGGGGCUCAGAUCUGGAAAUGUAAAUGUAAAUCAUAAAGAUAAUAAUAAUAAUAAUAAUAAUAAUAUAUAUUAAUAUUGUUAUUAAUAAUAAUAAUAAUAAUAAUAAUAAUAAUAAUAAUAAUAAUAUUUAUUAUUAUUAUUAUUAUUAUUAUUAUUAUUAUUAUUAUUAAUAAUAAUAAUAAUAAUAAUAAUAAUAAUAAAUUACAUUAUUAUUAUUAUUAUCAUCAUUAAUAAUAAUAAUAAUAAUAAUAAUAAUAAUAAUACAGAUAUAAAAAAAAUAUAAAUAAAAUGGUGAUAUAAUAAAAAUAUUUCUAAAAAUAAUGAUAAUAAAAUAAAAAAUAUAUAAUAAUAAUAAUAAUAAUAAUAAUAAUAAUAAUAAUAAUAAUAAUAAUAUUAUUAUUAUUAUUAUUAUUAUUAUUAUUAUUAUAAUAAUAAUAAUAAUAAUAAUAAUAAUAAUAAUAAUAAUAAUAUUAUUAUUAUUAUUAUUAUUAUUAUUAUUAUUAUUAUUAUUAUUAUUAUAAUAAUAAUAAUAAUAAUAAUAAAUAUUAUUAUUAGUAUUAUUAUUAUUAUUAUUAUUAUUAUUAUUAUUAUUAAUAUUAUUAUUAAUAAUAAUAAUAAUAAUAAUAAUAAUAAUAUUAUUAUUAUUAUUAUUAUUAUUAUUAUUAAUAAUAAUAAUAAUAAUAAUAAUAAUAAUAAUACAGAUAUAAAAAAUAAUAUAAAUAAAAUGGUGAUAUUAUAAAAAUAUUUCUAAAAAUAAUGAUAAUAAAAAUGAAAAAUAAAAAAUAUAUAAUAAUAAUAAUAAUAAUAAUAAUGUUGCUGACCUUCCUGUUUACCUCACUGUGAAAGUUUGACCCCUCAAACUUUUUUCUCUGUUUCUUAUUCUCUUUAUUUUUUCUCUUUGACCUUUGACCUUUAACCACAUGUCUGUCUCAUCGUCAGUGAAGCUGUAAAAAAAACUCUGAGACUAAAUAAAUUCAGGAACAUUCAAACAUUCGACUCUGGAUCAAACUUAUUUUAACGUCACCAUCCGGAGUUCACUUCAUCUGCAGGAGAGAAAAAUAAAGACCGAUCUGUGUCUCUGCAGCUUCUUUCACACGUUCACAAACAUCCUGUAAAAGUGAAACACAGACAGGUAUGUUUGUUUGUUUGUUUGUUUGUUUGUUUGUUUGUAUGUUUGUAUGUUUGUAUGUUUGUUUAUGUGCAUGCAUGUCUCUGAACGUCACUCCCACGUGUCUCUGAUCAGAGCGGUUUGGGUUUUCAAAGAUCCUCAUGACCUGCAGUGACUCAGAGUUUCUUCAGUUUGGUUUCAGGUGUUCGAGUCUUUUAUCAUCCCGACAGUUGGAGGUGAGAGGUGUGGACACGUUCAGAGGAACAGGAGGAAUGUUUCAGUCUUCAUGCAAACCUGAUGCAAAUGGAUGCAAAUGUGAUCAGCUGCUGCAGGAGAAGAGUGUCUUAUCUGGUCUGCAGGGAGAAGAAGGAGCUGCAGCUGAUUUGCAUUGAGCUGCAGAGACGAGUCAGAGCAGGACACGGGUCUGCAGGACACUCUACAGUCACUCCUGUGAACCUUGAAGAGCUUCAGUUCAGGAGACAGAAAGAGAGGGAGAUCUCUAUCAGAGACACUCUCCUCAGACCUCAGAGCAGACCCUCCGAGGAAGACGGCGUGGAGUGA